AUGGCUUCAGCAGAUUACUACACCGUCUCUCCACCCUCUGACGAUUUCGUAUCGUCGUGCUCUGCGGGCCAGAUGAGCUCAGCAUAUCAGCCUCGCCCAAAGAGCCCCCCUCGCAUCCAGACCAACAACGCAGGAUUGGGCAUGUCAGAGCCAUCCAGCCCUAUCGCAUCAUCACUUUCUUCAAGUGAGAAAACCAGGAUGGUGGCAAUCAUGGCCAUAGAGCUGCUUGCUUUCGAGGGCAAGCUGCACAACGAGCGCACGAACUGGGCCUGCCCCUUUGUCAUUUGCAAGGAAAACUUCCCGACUGCCAAACUCUUGAUGCGGCACGUGCCUUUCUGCAAGCACUUUGAUAGCCAGAAGGUUUUCUGCAACAUGUGCUGCAGGUACGACUGCUUGGAAACCCAUGAACUUCCGACCUCAUCAUCCCUCUCGACUCAAAAGAGGGCUCUACGCAAAUUUGCCAAAAUCUUCACGCGCUCGAGAUCGCCAAUUGCACAAUCUCCGGAGCCUGAGGAGGUGCAGAGGAUUUCCAGCCCGCAGAGCCGGGUUAACACUGUCAGCCCGAGUUCCAGCAUGAGCGGCAAGUCGGCUACGAUGGAAUCUAUUUUCGAAUCGCCAAGACAGAUAAAAAUGCAAUCACCGUCUCCGGUUCACAGCCCGGACUUACUCGCUCAGAUUAGCGAAAUGGGCGGGAACCCAAUUUCAGAGCUUGACGACUCGCUGGUUCCGCAAGAGCUGCCUGAUCCCGUUCAUCAGCCACAGAUGUUGCCCAAUAUUGGAUUUGGGCAGGAGCAGGAUGCCUGCAAUCAGUCGACACAGCAUGAAAUUUCAGGAUUCCAGCCCUUGCUACAUGAUACAACUGCAAACAUAGAUCUGGAUAUGGAAGAUGAGAUAUUGGGAUUCAAUCCAUUCGAUGAAACUUCCUUCACGACUCCCUUCUCUCACCAUGAUGCCGGCAGAGAAAUGCCUGCCCAGAACUUUGGAUCCCAAGAAGGUCAAGCAGAUGUCAAUUUCAUGUAUCAAAACGCAGUGUCAGAAUUUCCCACGGAGUUCAGCACAAAGCAAUUGCCACAUACUCUCUUGCUAAACACCGGAUCGAUGGAAAGUAACCACCAGACUGGCUCGGAAGACUCCUCAGCGCCCAGCAACCCCCUCCCUAAUGUCAGCUCUCAGCCAUCAGUCGGCAACAAGAUGCCCCAACGGCCGCACAUCUCUAUUCAGGUGAACCAACUCUCGGGUAAUCCUUGGCCCGUGCCACCCUCGGCAAAGUCGACGUUAUUGUCCUCGCCGUGGUCGGCAUCUCAAUCUUCGUCAUCUCAAUCUUCAUCAUCUCAUCCGUCCUCAGCAACCACCCUCUCGCCAUUCACCCCAAUUUCUCGAAGAGCUCACCAGUUCAACACGAGCCUAGAAUCCCCCAUCACCCCCGCUCAGCCGGACGUCCAAAUCUUCAAGUGUCCUCAUUGUGACUAUGUAACCACGGGGGAGAAGACCGGCAGUUAUCCUACCUACUUCAAGAAACAUCUGGAGACACAUGCCGACAACAAGUUUCCCUGCCCCGGCUGCAAGAAAUCAUUUACACGCAAAGAUAACCUGAAUGUGCACAUGAAGGGCUACUGUUCGAGUUUGCGGGUUGCCGGGAGUGAAUUCUCUUCGCUGCAGACAGUUGAAGUUGGUGAGACAACCGAGGACUCGCAGGAGGGGCCGUCGAGACGGUGUACAGGCUGUCUCUGA